CAGGGACGUGCUGGGAAAGCCGAAGCCCCGGGAGAAGAUGCCGGCCAUCCUGGUCGCCUCCAAGAUGAAAUCGGGACUGCCCAAACCCGUGCACAGCGCCGCGCCUAUCCUUCAUGUGCCCCCGGCCCGGGCCGGACCCCAGCCCUGCUACCUCAAGUUGGGAAGCAAGGUGGAGGUGAGCAAGACCGCCUACCCGAGCCAGAUCCCCCUGAAAUCGCAGGGGCUGCAGGAGCCGACGGGGGAGGGGCUCCCGCUGCGGAAGAGCGGCUCGGUGGAAAACGGGUUCGAUACCCAGGAGCUGGUGUUCAACUUGCAACUUGUUUCUUUAAAAAAGUAA